AUGGAUCGGAAAAGCUUCAUUGUUCUUGGGGCUUGUCUCAUCGGACUAGCUACAAGUUUUCCUUUUCAGGUGAACCUUCCAGGUUUUAAUACACUUGAUGAUAAAGAACCCCCAUCAGAAUCUCUUGAUGUUUUUAGCAGAAUCUUGGAAAAAAAUCAAGCCAGUAAAGCGUUAAUACAACAGGGUGAUAUUUUAGUGAAGAAAGGUCGCAAUGCUUAUAACUGCGCUGACUGCCUUUGGCCUAAAUCCUCAGAUGGGACAGUUAAAGUGCCUUACAAACUCUCAGCUAGUUAUAGUGCCCAGAAUAUUGCACUCUUAAACUCUGCAAUGCAGGAAUUUGAAAGCCUAACCUGUGUGCGCUUUGUACCUUGGACAACAGAGAAAGACUGCCUAGAUAUUCUGGCUUCAGACGGCUGUAGUUCAUACAUCGGAAGAAUAGGAGGCAGUCAGGAACUAAAUUUGGAUAUCAAUGGCUGCAUGCGGCUUGGGAAAAUUGAGCAUGAAAUGAAUCAUGCAUUGGGCUUUUUCCAUGAACAAAACAGGAGUGACCGUGAUGACUAUGUUACAAUCAUGACACAGUACAUUUCAGAAUCAUAUCUUUAUAACUUUGAGAAACUUAACACUAAUAACCUUGGAGUGGAAUAUGACUAUGGAUCAGUGAUGCAUUAUCCAAGUUAUGCCUUCAGUAAUACUUCAGGUAAAGAUACCAUAAUACCCAAGGGUAACCCAAAUAUACCUAUUGGGCAAAGAGAUGGGCUCAGUCCCCUGGACAUUUCCAAGAUCAAUAAGCUGUAUACGUGUGAUGUCUGUAGUAAUUUAUUUUCUACUAUUAAUGGGAUUGUGACCUCAGCCAACUAUCCAUCUUCAUAUCCCAAUAAUGCCAACUGUGUUUGGUUGAUAAGAACCCCAUCUGGACAGGUUUCCUUACAGUUUAAUGCCUUUGAUAUCCAGUAUUCAUCAGGAUGUGUCUCCGAUUAUCUGAAGAUUUAUGAUGGUCCCAGUAAGAUGUCCCCUGUGUUAGUGGACAGGACUUGUGGCACAGGACUUGUCCCUCUAAUGAUCUCUUCCUCUAACCAGAUGCUUAUUGAGUUUGUCAGUGAUGGGCAGGGCACAGCCACUGGCUUUAAGGCUUCAUACACCUCAGUUCAAUGUGGAGGAGCUUUCUAUGCAACAGGAAAGGUCUUCACCUCUCCUGGGUACCCUAACUUCUACUCCUCUAACAUGCACUGCUCAUAUUUAAUUAAAGCUCCAGCAGGAAACAAGAUCACAAUCAGUUUUUCAGACUUCAGUCUUGAGUCCUCAGGUUACUGCAGAUAUGAUUAUGUGAAAAUCUACGAUGGAGACAACACCAGCUCCUCUCUCUUGCGCACGUACUGUGGUCCUGUAAAUAACCCAUCUGUGAUGUCUACUGGAAAUGCCAUGCUGGUCAUCUUCCAUAGUGAUCAAAGUACUGAGUCUAGAGGUUUUAAGGCGUCCUACACUUUUGGUCAGUAUACUUUGAUGUUCUAG